AAAAUACUGGAGUGCCAUCUCUUACUCGAGCUUUAUGUUACUUUCCAAAGUAGUUUCCUAUAAAACCAUCUCAAAGUAAAAAGUGAAGUUAGUCAAAGUUGACGUAAUUUUCAGACCACAGUUUCAGACCAAGGCAGACCAAGGUCAAUUUCAGAUUUUAGAUACAAGAAUUUAAACUUGCCAAAAAAAAAUAAACAAGUCUGGGUGCAGCAAGAAUAAUUUAAAGAGAGAAUUAUCGAAAAUAUGAUAAGGAAAAGUAAACAGGUUUUAGAUUAUGGGAAUAAUAUUAACUCGAUCCAUUGGCAAAUAUAUGUUAGAUAAUUUAUCUGUAGUAUUUAUGUAGUAGCCCGAGCGUGAUUUGCAGAAACUCGUUUUCUAUUUAUAAACAAUCUCUGGAAAUGGACGAAAAAACAUUAAAAGAAAAUCUGCAAGUGCAACUGGACGAACUGGAAACACUAGAAGCGAUGUUUUACAAUCCUGGAGAGAUAAAAAUCGAAGAUCCAUUAACUUUGUUGGAAAUAAAGGAAUAUGUUGAUGGUAAUUCUGUAGAUGUGCCACUUUGUCUCGAUUAUGCAAUUAAUUUAGUUAUCGAUGGAGCAAAAUUUGAGCUAUGUGUGAGUCUAAGUCAUGAAUAUCCUUAUAUAGAACCAGAAUUGUUUGUUCGAAAUAAUCAAUUAAACAGAGACCAGCAUAUUAGUUUAAAUAAAAAAAUUGGUGAAUUUGUUUCAGACCUUCCUAAAGGUGAACCCUGCAUUUUUACAACAAUUUCAUGGUUGCAAGAUAAUGCAUCUGAAUAUGUAGAACUCGACUCAGAUGAAACCACGUCACACACUAAUGAUAAAGAUGAAGAACUUGUGCGCUACUGGAUUUAUUCUCAUCAUAUUUAUAGUAAAACUAAGAGGAAAGCAAUCAUUGACUUGGCCAAUCAGAUGAAGAUUACUGGGUUUGUUAUGCCCGGUAAACCUGGGAUAAUAUGUGUUGAAGGUGUUAGCUCGGAUGUGGUUGAAUGGUGGCAAAGUAUCAAAAGCAUGAAUUGGAAGAAAAUAUUUUGCAAAACAACAGAAAGUAAUAAGGAAGAACUUAAAGCUCAGAAUUUUAUUAAAUUCCAUGGUUUUAUAGAAAAAGUUUUUGACAAUCACGGGCCAAAAUAUAAUCAUAUGGAUAUGGGAGAAUUUUAUAAGUAUCUUGAAGAGCACGAAUUGGGAUAUAUAUUUAAAGACAUUUUUGGUGUUGAAGCUAAAACAACUUAAACUUUUCCUGCAAAAGAUUAUAUCUGUUGUGUAAAUAUUUUAUACUUACUAUUUUUUUCAAUAAAGAUAUUAAAUUGUUAUAUAC